ACAGGCAAGCAGGCACGCACCCCUUCUCCUUGCCACUGUGCUUUUUCUGCCGGGGCCACAGAGAGACGCCGCGUGAAGUCCACGACGGACGACAAAUGGAUGAAAUGACUUUCGAGAUGAGCUCUGACGCUCCCUCGUCCUUUCAGUGCUUACUUUUAGACUUGUGUCAGCAGUUUUUCAUGUUCUUUUCCUUUAGUUGACUGUCACGCUUGAAGUUGGAACUUUUAAGGAUUAUUUAAAAAAAGGAGCAGGAUAUCCAGAAGCACUUACAGUGCUUUGAGAUGGAGCGAGAAGAAGGGAAAGUUUCUGUGUGGGUCUGCCGGGAAGAGAAGCUGGUCUCCGGGCUGACGAAGAGGACCACAUGCGCUGAUGUGGUCCAAGUCCUGCUGGAGGACCAGAACUUGCAGGAAGGUGUCUCAGCGGGGAUGCUGUCCGGACCACCUCAGUCCUAUUGCGUGGUGGAGAAAUGGAGGGGCUUCGAAAGGAUUUUACCAAACAAGACCAAAAUCCUCCGACUGUGGAGCGCCUGGGGGGACGAGCAGGAGAACGUCCGCUUCGUCCUGGUCAAGAAUGACGCGUCGCUUCCCAACAACGGGCCCCGGAGUGCUGAAGCGAGGGUGGUCCAGCGGCGGGAGAAUUGGGGUGCCGGCGGGGUGACCUGCUGGACCGCCACGGCCUGCACCAACUUGUCCCGGGAGAGGCAAAGGCGCAUUGUGAGAAAGGCCUUCAGAAAGUUGGAUAAGAUGAACAAAAAGAAGGAGCAGGCUCUUGGUAAAGAUAAGAGUACGGUGGAGAAGAUGGAGACUUUGGUCCACUUGGUGCUUUCUCAGGAUCACACCAUCCGCCAGCAGGUCCAGAGACUGAAAGAGCUGGAUAAGGAGAUUGAGAGCUACGAGUCUAAGGUGCACUUUGAGCGCAUGAAGAGACACGGGGUGAACUAUGUGCAGGACACCUACUUGGAGGACCCGUCCUCAUUCCCGGAAGACUGUACGCGCAAAGUCGCUCCGGAAGCACUGGCCCAGUUUGAAGAGUACGCACGCCGUUGCGAGGAGGUCGGGAGGCUGCAGGAGGAGCUGACGGAGCGAGAAGCGCUCGUCGAGAGCAUUACCGCGGAGAUCCAGGAGGAGCUCAACCGUAGGUGGAUGAAGCGACGGCGGGAGGAGAGGGGCCAAGAGGAGAACGUGUCGCAAGUGUGCCUCUCUGCCCCACCCGUCCUCCAGAAUAUGUCUGGAGAAGAGGUGGCCUUGGAGGGGGAGAGGAUCAAAACGCAGCUGAAAACCAGCCUGUACAUUGGGCUGAGACUCAAGACAGACCUGGACGGCAUGAGGGGGGACUUGGACCUGAGUCUUGCACUUUGGGAGAGCAAGGAGACUGAACUGCUGGACCUACUGGCCAAAGUGGAGACUCUGGAAAUUGAUCAGGUGAACACCAAACUGGAUGAUGAGGAAGAAGAAGAAGAAGAAGAUGAUGAUGAUGAUGACAAUGAGGAUGAUGAGGAUGCAAAAGCAGAUAAGGGUGCAGUGGUGUCAGCAGAGAAAAACAGCAUUUGGGUGGAGCAGGCCCGAGGACUGUCAAAGACCUGCAGCGUCAACGACGAGGACUCGGACACAGGUCUGAGCUCCAUGCACAGUCAGGACUCUGACAACCCUCCUGUAUGUGAGUCUCUGGUCUAAACUGGAACACGUGGACUUGGGGCGGGGGAAUAAAGUAAACCUCAGUGCAAAGUAAUCCAUUUUAGUGGUAGCAGAGGAAGCUUGACUUUUUGCCUGACGUUUUUUUGGUUGUUGCACGAGGCGAGUUCAAAAAGUGCCACUUCUUAGGCUACCAUAUUAAUUCUGUCAAAGUCAACCGCAUAAAUAUGUAAAUUAGAAUAUUUGAAAUGGCAGGCGUCAAACGCAAAGAUGUCUAAGGCAAAACAUGUCAACUUCAUGUUUCGUGUUAAAAUCAUUACCAAUUGCAUUUUUGUCUACACUUCAACAUUAAAACACUGCAAGCUUCUUUUUUUUGGUAACAAAACCCCCUUUGAGGCUUGUCUGUGAUUAUAUUGUAAGAUGGUGUUUAAGAUUACUUUAGCCCAGUCUAAAAAUCAACCCAGUGCAGAAAAGUUUGUUGUUUCUUUAAAACAACAAUUGGGGGCUUUAUAAAGGACAUAAGCAUAAUAGUGGUCAUUGCAGUUGUCCUUGGUGGAAACAGUUGAAAGUUUCAUCCAUCCAAUUCUGUGUCAUUAUCUGUAAUUGUUCAGAUUCUUUUAGUUACAGUUACUUCUCUUCACUACUGACAAAUAUCAACUUCUCUCUCUACUAAUGACCACCUUGAUGCAGCUAAUUGUCCUGUAUUUACAAGAAUGACAGUUGUUUUCAGUUAACAUUUUCAAUAUUUUACACCAGUUACACCAGUGAUUCUGAAAUAUGAUUAUUAUUAUUCUUUUUUUCAUCCUGGUCUUGAAUGACCUACCAGGUCUUUACUUUUGCAUCUUACUGUAUGCACAGUAAGUCUAAACCCAUGUAACAUUAGAUUACUUCUGGAAACAGACAUUUCCGUUAUAGUAUUUUAAGCCUUGUUUUAUUAUUCCUAAACACGACCUAUCCAUAUGUUUUGCAGAUAAGCAGACUGUUGUGUUGACAAAUCCUACAUGUCUGAUGGUUUAAUUGCAAAAUACCUUUGUAUCCCCGGUAAGAGUACAAAUAUGGUUUAUGUGGCAUUAGCGGGCUUGCGUGGAGCUAAUUUAAGGGCCAUUUAGUUUGGCCACAACAUGGCAACAUCUUUCGCUUUCAUAAACGCUGGCUCUAGAUCAGCGACUCCAUGUACUAUACACUCAGACAUGAAAUCAGCUGCACUGUGACAGCAUUACACCACAUAAUUACAUGACUUGUACGUGUUGAAAUAAACAGCAAAAA